CGUCCUUACGUCAACGUAGCGGCUCUAUGACAAAAGCGAGCUGUGAGGCAGUGGUUCCCCUUAAACAUGUCUCUUACCCCCUGGGCUGACAUGCCUCAUAUGACCCAGGAGGGAAAUGCCUCUGCCUCCUAAACCAGCGGCGUACUUUAUUUGAACGAACCUCCUGGAGCGGGUAAACAAAACAGAGGCCGGCGGGCGCCUUAUUUAUCCAAGAGAAGAUGGCGGAGUUCUCGCCCGUCCUGCCGAUGCGGGAUGGAGGAGGAGGACGAUUCGCCCAGCCCAUCUUCCCUCGGUCCAGGUCCGGUUCCGAGUCAGAGAGCGAGCUGUCCCAGAGCCUGGCCCGGACCAAGAUCCGCUCCUAUGGAAGCACGGCCAGCGUCACGGCCUCUUUGGGGGAGAAAUACAUAGAGCAUCGGGUUACAGACAGUGAUACUCUGCAAGGGAUUGCUCUUAAAUACGGUGUUACGAUGGAGCAAAUCAAGAGAGCCAACAAGCUGUUCAGCAACGACUGCAUCUUCUUGAAGAACAGCCUCAACAUCCCCGUGGUGUCCGAGAAGCGCUACGUAUUUAACGGACUGUCUCUGGAGUCUCCCGACGGAGACUGCGAAGCGGCGUGCCAAGAGGAAGGCGUGCCUUGCGUCGUCGCGCAGGACAUCGAGGGACCCUCGCCGCCCUCCUCCCCGCCCCCCGACGACUCCAAGCCUCCGCAGAUUCAGCCGGAGGAGCUGUCAGCCAAAGACUUCUUACACAGACUGGACUUGCAAAUUAAACAGUCAAAGCAGGCGGCGCGCAGGCUGAAGGAAGAGGAAGUAAGGAGCGCCGAGGAGAACUUCACGGCCCCCGCGACGUCGUACCAGGAGAUCUAGAGGACCAGUCUGUUUCUCACCUGUCUCAGUCACACCUGCCCGUACGCUCAAACACUGCUGCGACACCUUACUGCUUUACUUCUUCCUUGUUUUUUGUUGUUGUGUUUACCGAACCGCGUUCAACAUGUGUCAUGUUUGCCUUUUUAAUUUAUUUAAAUGCAAUUAUCUCAAAUGUAUAUUUGGUAUUAUUGUUUUGUAAAACUUGGUUUUUUUUUUUUUUUUUUUUUGCUGGCUGACUAAAAACCCUCAGAGCAGUGGCGUCUGGUGUAAAUAGCGUCUGGGUACAUGCGCUCAUCACACGCUUCCCGCUGUACAGAACCCACCCGCCGCAUACGUCCACGCCCGCGCACACAGAGCGCUCAGCAAAUCGGGAUUAGCUCGUCCUAACUUGCUAACAGCUUCUGAUGCACUAAAUCUCCUCCUAGAAUAGGAUCAUCGGAAACUUAUGUUCAGGCCUUCCUCAUCAGUGUUUACCCCGUAUGAGCUCACCCCCGAGCGGAGGCGGUGGACGGACUCAAGCCUUCGAUAAAAACACCCCGUCUGCCUCAGAGGAUUGUUUUUUUGUUUUAUGUUUUUUUUGUUUUUUAGGAAUAGAAGAAGGGACUGCUCUCUAUUUUUGAUGUGUGAAUGCAUUAUUUAUGUGUGUGGAGAACUGUCUGUAGCAGCUGUUUUUUGUGUGUGUGUGUGUGUGCUUCUAAAAUUCUGUUGGUUUUGUUGGGGAAAAUAAAUGCGUAUUUUAGCCAGG